AUAAUGACGUUUAGCUGACAACCGCGUGUUUUAUAUUUCAAUUGAUCAUAUUUUAUUUUUAAGAGUUGCUACACAGACGUUUUUUCCUGCUCGUGAGGGUAUUGUUACUGCGCAUGCACUAACAUUAUUGAUAUCUAAACCGUGAAUGAUAUCUUAUCGGUAGAUCAAUGUAUAAGCACUCGUUAUUUGCUUAAAAUAUCGAAACGUCACUGAUUAAUGAUUUAAUAAAUGUGUGUGUGGUCGAAUUUAAAUAAUACUUUUUUAUUUAAAUUUCUAUAUAAUUCUGUUUGGAUAACAAAAAAGUGGAUAUAAUAAUCAUAGUCCACUUGACAGUGUAAUUAAAGUAAUACACGUGUUAGGGAGUUCAAGUGCUGACUUAUGUUCCCUGUAGGUUGGUAUAAAUAGAAAAUUUCAAGAGAAUUUUCCGGACAUAAAUCGUACGACGCUUUUAUUCAAGAUAAUCAUACGAUAAAAUCAGUAACGUAUCGGGGAAAAUAGGAGGGGUCACGUUAAGGUUGAUAAUUUGUGAAUGGAAUAUUUUUUACUAGAUUGCCUUCAUUUCUACACGUCUGACAUAACGAAAUCCACAUAACAAAGACAGACGACAAAUUCAAUGUUAUAAAUGUUAUUUGACCGCGUAAAGGAAAGGCAGUUUUGUUAAAAGUCUGAAGUCACAUUUUUCGUCUGCUACUUUGUCUGUAUUGAUUUCACUUCUGUGUUUUCGUGCUUGGAAUAAACUUGGCUUUUAAAGAAGAUUUUCUGGAGAAAAUUGUACGAAAAUGGAUUUUCGGUUUAACUCAUGUGGAUUUUGGCUUUUUCUACAAAUGGUUAUCACACUUACUUCUAUAAUAACUGCCAAAGAUUGCCGCACUUGCAAGCCGGGAUAUUACGUUUCUAGAGACUGUACGCAGAACCAUGACACCGUAUGUAAACCUUGCUCAAUAGGUACAUUUUCCAGCGGGCAAAAUUUCCUCAAAAAAUGUUCAAUGUGUUCUAAAUGUGAUGAUGGUGAAUUUAUCCUUAAACCAUGUACGAGGCAUAGAGACACUGUAUGUGAGUCAUGUUCAACAGUGACUGAUGUUGAUAAGGUGACUGAAACUUUUCUAGCAGAUUGUUUACAUUAUCAAGGUGAUCAAGCAGUAAAAAGUCUAGAUCUACCUGAUAGUAACGGUGUAAGAUUACAGAACAAUCGAGAUACAACUCCCGCUCCUGAACGAGUUAACGUAAUUUAUGAAGGUUCUGGCGAAACAAUUGAAGAAGUUGUAAAUACCGAUCAAGGUUUGACAGGGAGUGUAGAGGGAAGCGGUGAAGGAAGUGUGAUAGAUGAAACUGAUAAAAACAUUACAUCUGUAAUAUUACCAGACGAGACAGAAGGAACAGGAAAGAGCACUCUAUCUGUACCGGAAGGAACAACAACGAAAAGAAUAGGAAUUAUAGUUACAGGUGACGGAAUACAUUUGAAAAAUGAAACAAACACACCAAAAACCAUCGUUCUCCCUGCUUCACCAAACACAGAAAACAACGGUAAAGAACCAAUUGAAAACGUAGAUGUGUAUAUUGAGGAGAUUCAGGAAGAUGCUACAGCAGAAUGGGAAUCAGAAGAAAAUAAACCACAAAUAGGAGCUAGCAAGCGCGUGCAAGAAGAGUCAGGUGGUACAAGUAUAGGUGUGGUCGUUACUGUCGGGUUAGUUGCAGCCCUCGUCUUCUUUAUCCUUGGUUUCUUGGCCAGUAAAUUCUGGAACGGUCGCCGAGAAAGAACGUUCAAUGUAUUAGAGGCUGAAAGACUUAAUGGAAAACCUCCGGUAGAAUGUAGUGGUGUUGACUACAAGGAUUCUGCGGGUCGUACACGAAACAAGGCCGGAAUCUAUGACGAAAUACCCGCAAAUGCUAAAGUUAACGGAAAUACAGCUGAUCCGGAGAAAGGAUCCGACCCGGUUUACACGAAGCCAAUCAAACGAGAAACAGUGCAGACGACAUCUGCUAUACCACCUACUGACGAAGGUGAAAUACCAGUAAAAAGGAAAGGAGAGUGGGCGGGAUUCAGUAUAUCUCGUCAUUCCUCGUCAGGAUCUCUCAUCUUACAACCCCCAAAGCCAAGACCAGCAAGUGAGAUAAAGUAUAUGGAUGAAGCAGAAGACUCGGAAACUGAUCGUCUUAUACAGCCGACCGGAAACGGAAAUGCUUCUGGAAGCGAUGUUUCAGUCACAUCAUCAAAGAGCGAAACUUUGGAAACGAAAACUGACGGUGAUAAUGAGAAGACUCCCAUGCUUUCAAAUGGACAUGACGAUGUGAAAAGUUGAAAAUAAUAGCCAAUUUUGAUAAUAUCAUUAAAAGUCACGCAUGCGCAUAUUAUCUUUUCCGGUAACUUUGGUGCUUUUGUCAGUAUUACACCAGAAAGGCGACCCAUAUUCACUUGGUGCUUUAUUUUGUAAACGACGCAAAUCAAUUUUGUAAAAUCUUCAAUGAUUAUUUCAUCGAAACUUUUUUACUAACAGGCCACUGUCUUGGCUAAGUCCUCUUUUCACAAGACAAUUUUAUUCCGUUAUCCGGGAAGUAACAGUUUUAAAAAAAAAGUUAAUAAGUAAGCGAAAUGAUGAAAGUUUUUUGGUUUUUUUUUUACUGUAAAACAUUGUUCAAGGACAGGGUGUAUUGUUUUUGUUGUUUUUCAUCCUGUCUUUUGAACAAUUAUGUUGGUUCUUCUACUCACUUCGUUCUAAAUAAACUGAAUUCAUUUCCAUGUUUGACAAGACCAAUGGGCAUUGAUUCAUAUAUUAUAAAUUUUAGAGAUUUUGACAGGUUAUAUGGCAAUUAACCGAUUAGACACAGCUAUGUAACAUGUUCAAAUGUCCCAUUAACAUUUUUAACACUUAUCAAAGCCAUUCUUAGAUUGAGAUAAAGAUUCAUUCAUAUGUUUGCAAAAGCCAGGUAUGAUAAAGAUUAUCAUCUAUAGAUAACGAAAUUCGACGUUAAAAACGUGAAUUAUUUCAUACAUGUUCUCAUAACCAUCUCGUUGUUUAUAUAUGGCCAUAAUACAAAAUAAAGAGACAUACUGUAAAACCUGUGUAGAGGAACACUGUUUGAGAGACAAAGAUCUUGGUUGUUGUAGAGAGGUGUUACUCUGGAGAGGCUGAAUUUAUAUCGAAGUCUCUUUUUUCGAGGAGUUGAUACUGUUGAUGUUAAGGGAUGAUUGUUCUACAAGGGGGCGCUCUGUAGAGGUUACACUGUAUAUGGUAAACUCGUUUAUAUAAUGACAUUUUUUUAAUUUAGACAUCAUCACAUUUUCUUUUUCCUUUUUUUAUCAUUCACGAAUUAUGUGUGUUUCUUGAAAAGACAUCAUUUACAUCAGAAAUGUAUGCGAUCACUUAUUUUUUGUAUUCUUGUACUUUCUUCA